AUGCGGCCAGCUCCAACAUCAUUCAUCAACGUUGCGCGAGUCAACUUCCGGAAGGGUCGUCGAGGCUUGCUGACCCAGUCAUAUUCUCGAGGUCCCUCAGAGCCUCCGUUACUCGAGCAAACUGUGGGCGAGCAUUUCGAUUCGAUCGUCUCUCGGUACGGUGACCGUACAGCAGUCGUCUCUCGCCAUCAACGAACGCGCCUGACAUAUGACGGGCUCGACAGAAAGAGCAAUGACUUGGCACGGGGUUUAUUGCAAAGAGGGGUGAAAAGGGGCGACCGAGUCGCUGUGUCGCUAGGGAACAAUAUUGAGUAUGCCAUUGCAACAUACGGCCUCUUCAAGAUUGGUGGAAUACUUGUGCCACUGAACCCUGGCUUCAACGCCCAGCAAGUCAUAGCAGCUUUGGCCCACCUUGAGGCCUCACAUUUAAUCAUUGGUACCGAGACUCAUUUACCGCGCAAAGAGCCCCGCUCAAAUAUCCAGCUGCUUCGGCAGUUGAUACCCGAUCUUCAAGGCCGAAAGAUCGAGUCAGAAGCCGUGCCGUCUCUCCAAAAAGUGAUCAUUGUCGACAAUUCCCAGGGGCGUAUAGAUCCAUCGCUUCUCAGACCCACCGUCAACUAUAACAUCGUCCUCUCCGAAGGCUCCGAGCCGAGCUCCCUACCAAAGCAGUUCCUACAUCCAGAUGAAAUAGUAAACAUUCAGUUCACCUCAGGCACAACUUCUCUCCCCAAAGCCGCCUGUCUAACUCACCACUCGAUCCUCAACAAUGGCAAAAGUAUCGGCGACCGUAUGCUUCUCACAGAGCAAGAUACAGUCUGCUGUCCGCCACCACUCUUCCAUUGCUUUGGCUGCAUACUCGGCUACAUGGCCACCGCAACCCAUGGCUCUGCCAUAGUUUUCCCUACUGAAGCAUUCGAUCCUUACGCCACAUUAAAAGCUGUGCAAGAAGAGAAAUGUACGGCUCUUUAUGGCGUCCCAACAAUGUUCAUUGCCGAACUGGAGCUGCUGCAAAGUAACAGAGUACCAUAUACAGGGUUCGAGCACCUGAGGACUGGCAUCGCAGCUGGCUCAAGCAUCCCAGCCGAGCUCAUGCGGAAGUUGCAUAAGAUACUCAAUCUAACAGAAUUGACUAUCUGCUACGGUAUGACAGAGACCAGUCCAGUCUCUGCUAUGACAACGACAGACGAUCCUCUCGAGAAACGGAUCGAUAGCGUCGGUAAGCUUCUCCCGCACGUCGAAGCUAAAGUCGUAGCCCCCAUGGAUCACACAAAAACCCUUCCAGUAGGCCAAAGGGGAGAACUAGCAGUCCACGGCUAUUUAGUAAUGAAAGAAUACUGGAGUGCGCCUGACCGAACAGCGGAAGUCAUGAUAGCUGACGUUGAUGGCAAAGUGUGGAUGCAUACAGGCGAUGAGGCUGAGAUGGAUGAAGAUGGGUACAUUAAAAUUACGGGAAGGAUUAAGGAUAUCAUUAUCAAAGGAGGGGAGAAUAUCCAUCCAUUGGAGGUGGAAAAUUGUAUCUUCGGGAUUGAGGCAGUGAAGGAGGUCAGUGUGGUUGGAUUGACCGAUGAAACGUAUGGAGAGGUGGUCGCUGCAUUUGUGGUCAAGCAGGACGGAACAAGCGUCACGGCGGAUGAGGUGAGGAAGUGGGUUAGGGAGAAACUGAGUCAUCAUUUGGGUAUGUUGGGUGUCUUUCAUGAUUUGCUGACGACAGGAAAGAGCGGGCAUGAAGCUAAUACAGAACCUUCAGUACCCAAGUACGUCUUCUGGGUCGACAACUACCCUAAAACCGCAAGCGGGAAAAUACAGAAAUUCAAGCUCAAGGAGGAAGGUAUCAAGCUCGUGAAGGAAGGUAAGGGGUUGCAAUGA